AUCAUCAUCAUCAUCAUUCAUCAUUAUUAUUAUCAUCAAUCAUUAUCAUCAUCAAUCAUCAUCAUCAAUCAUCAUCAUCAUCAUCAUCAAUCAUCAAUCAUCAUCAUCAUCAUCAUCAAUCAUCAAUCAUCAAUCAUCAAUCAUCAUCAUCAUCAUCAUCAUCAUCAUCAUCAUCAUCAAUCAUCAAUCAUCAAUCAUCAAUCAUCAUCAUCAUCAUCAUCAUCAUCAUCAUCAUCAUCAUCAUCAUCAAGCCGGGUUCAAUACGGUGCAAGUUAUCAGUGGUCCUGUAAACCCAACAACAACAUGGCUUCAUUAAAAAGGAAAUUAAACAAAGAAGAGAAUUGCAGUCUACCCUAUUUUGAGGUUCAUCCUCGUAGCAAGUACAAUUUUUCUGCAGCUGUGUUGAGGAGACCCAUGUUUAUUGGUGACUUUAGCUUAAAUGCAAAACGGCAGUUCUGUCAUGACAGCAGAAACCUUCAUUAUAUAAGCAUUAAAUGGCAGAUAUUCAAGAAGGUGAAUUAUGAUCUUAAUGUGGCCCUGGAUAAAGCAAACCGAAAAUUGUUUGAAGAAACUAAAAAUGAGAAACUUGACCGAUUGUUAGAGUGGAUUCUCCUCAACUCCUUCAAGUUUCACACGAGAGAGUCUACUGGCAAACCACUAAAAUGUCUUUCAACAGAUUUCAUCUGCUUUAGGGGGCUGCUGACACAGCUACUCUGCACUCCAUAUGAAAAUGAAGGCUGGAUUGUAUGUGCAACAAAGUUCCGUAACACUAUAUAUUUAUGUGCCUAUGACACCCCUGAGAAACAAACAGACCGAGAGAAUGAGACAGUGAUGCAAAAAAGAAUGUCAGCUUGGGGAUACAAAUUUGAGCAAUAUAUGACAGAUGGAUGUGACCCAUCAGAAGGAGUGGAGGAGAAUGAAGAAUAUUGCUGUGUGGUUCGGUCACGUUUGGAUAAUCACUCUCUUGUAUAUGGAGCAGAGGUGGAUGGAGCUGAUCCUUCCCUGUAUAAAACUCCUCAUGCUGAUCUAAAUGCUUUUAUAGAGCUGAAAACUAGUAAAGAGCUCAUAAGAGAUGCAGAUCAUCGUACUUUACACAAGUUUAAACUCUUGAAAUGGUGGAGUCAGUCGAAGUUGGUUGGUAUACCACGAGUAGUGUGUGGAUUCCGGGAUAAGGAGGGCAUAGUCCAUACACUGAAGAUGUUUGAUGUUGAGGAAAUGCCAGCCAUGGCACAGGAUCACUGGAAGCCAAAUAUAAUGCUGAAUUUUGUGAAGACAUUCCUGGACUAUGUCAAGAGCUGUGUUCAAGUAGACAAUCCAAAAGCCGUUUAUAAAUUUCAGAGAAAGCAUAAUGGAGACGUUGUGUCUUGUACAUAUUUAGGACAUGAUCACGACUGGACGUUUCUGCCAGAAUGGUAUUUUGAGAAAGUUUUUAAAGGAUGAACUUGUUGAUUAACUCCCACAGGUUCAGCACAUCUAGAGUAAUAAGAAUACUGAGUAAGAGAGAGAAUGCAAUUAUCUGUCUUUAUCAUUCUGUAGUAAUGGGAGUAGUGGUAUGCUUGUAGUGGUAUGCUUGUUACAUACUUAUAAAAGGCUCUUGAUCCAAGAAAGUUAAGUAACCCUCCCCUUGGCUAAAUCCUGAUUAAUUCCCAUUUCUCAGGGACUGCAUAAUACCAGUUAAUUUUGCAUUUCCCAUCAGUAAAUACAAUGCCCUUGUUAUAUUUGUCAAAAUUUUCUGAUUUUUUUUUUCCAACAUGCUGAUCGUCUCCCACCAAGGAACGGUGACCCAAAAAAAAAAAAAAAAACACUUUCACCAUCAUUUACAUUAUCACUGUCUUUGCAGAGGCGCAUAGCUACGACAGUUUAGAUGUUACUCUAAACAGCAGAUAUCCCAAAUCCCUCCUUUAAUGUGCAGGCAUUGUACUUCCCACCUCCAGGACUCAAGUCCAAUUAACCAGUUUUCCUGAAUCCCUUCAUGAAAUAUUACCCUGCACUAAUUACUGUAUUUCUCAGCUUAUAAGAUGCAGCUUAUAAGCCAUAUAACAUUGCCUAUUAAUAUACUCAGUUCUCUUGUACUCACUGUAACUCAUCUAAUGACCAUUUAAUGUUAUAGCCUUAAUCUUAAGUUAAUUUUAAGUUUACCCGAAAUGCUCUGCAUACAUGGGGCUUUUGGGAUGUACACUCAACUAUUAUAUUCCUUUGUAUAACCAUAUAGUAUCGUCAAAAUAAUGGCUCGGCAUUGGACGUAACUGGGAGAGCUACAGCCCACCCCACACCCCAGACUUAUAGCUCCUGUCACUGACCUUCAGUUUAUAGGAUGCAGGGUGGUUUUUGGAGACAUUUUAUGGGAAAAAAUGCAUCUAAUAAGCCUGAAAUACGGUACCUUGUACACCUACCGUCCUACUUACGACCGAGUUCGGUUCCGAGAAACCGGUCGUAAGUCGAAAUGGUCGUAAGUCGAACUUUACUACUGAAUAUCAACAAAACAUUUUUGUAAUGACUUUAUUUUAUUGUUUUAUUUUGGUAUUUCAUGUUUUACUUUACUUUUUAUGUUGUUAGUACUGUAUUUUAUACUGUAAGGUUUAGGAUAAACACUGUGUACAAUACAAAUAGUUGUUUAUUUCCCAGAAAUUUGGCAUAAAAAACACGGUUGUAAGUUGAGCAGGUCGUAAGUCGGAUGGUAGGUGUAUUCAGUUGCAUUAUUCUACCACUAUGUGAAGAUACUUGUGUACAAAAACUUUUCGGUCACUUCUUUCCAGUUUAGAGUUGUGGCACAAUAUUAGCAGUGCAAAGUAAUUUGUAAUUAGUACAGUGAUGCCUUCAUUUAGGAGGGGUUAUAUUUAACAUACAUUUUCCAAUUUGGUGUCUGUUAAGUGAGCCAUGUCAUUGCCUGUCAUAUAUAUUUGUCAGUAUUGUUAAGUGUGGUGUUAAGAGGAGGGCUGGAAGUCCUCACCAUUCCUCAGGAGUUAUUUGCUUCUUGGGGAUGGCAUGAUACAAGUUUUUUUGCCAAUACCAAUACGGAUGUCAUUAAAAUUACGUGAUACUAAAAUUAGUACUGAUAUCAAAAUUAGGUGAUUAUCACUGAUACUGGUACUGAUACCAUGAAAAUUAGAUAUCGACUGACACCAGUACAUUGGCAGACUCCUAUUGAUUAAUAAGUGUGGGUGAGGCUUAUUCGUUUGACUACCAGUUAGUACAGUCCUCCAUCACCACCACUUUUCUCAGUCAACAGUCCUAUGAAGAAAGGUUGAGGGAAAUCAGCCUGACAACACUGGAGGACAGGAGGGAUAGGGAAGACAUGAUAACAACAUGCAAAAUACUACGUGGAAUAGACAGGGUGGACAGAGACAAUUUGUUCCACAGAGGGGACACAGAAACAAGGGGUCACUCUUGGAAGCUGAAGACUCAGAUGAGCCACAGGAAUGUUAGGAAGCAUUUCUUCAGUCACAGUGUGGUCAGGAAGUGGAACAGUCUGGCAAGCGAAGUAGUGGAGGCAGAAACCAUACAUAGCUUUAAGAUGAGGUAUGAUAAAUCUCAUAGAGCAGGGAGAGAGAGGACCUAGUAGCAUUCAGUGAAGAGGCAGGGCCAGGAGCUGAGUCUUGACCCCUGCAACUACAAUUAGAUAAGUACAGGCUCAAGUGGCAAGAGACAUUUGAGGCUGUGGACUCUUACAUUUAAACUACAUAAUUGACUUGGCCCACACAAGUGGAGUUAGUAUUUGAAUAAAUGGUCUAGAAAACCAACAAGUUGAUAAAUUGGACACUUUUGCAUCACUUGGGUAUCUAUAUUUUGGAAACAUUUCACUAGCCAGUUGCUUCUUCAGUCCAAUGCAUAGAAAUGAUGGAAGAUGAGGAGUAGUAGUUUGAGGUAAUCAGUCCCUCAGUCUGGAGUCGAUGCGUUCAAUCCAUCAGUCUUGAUAAGAAGUCUACAUAUUCGUGAAGAUGCAAAAGUGGAUAAGUCUUCUUACUCCCCAUUGGCUUCAUCAGACACCUUAAAAUUUAACUAACUCCGACCCCUCCUAAUUCUAGGACUGGCUUACCAUGGGUUUGUAUCAUUGGUUCUGUGAGUCUGUAAAGUUGGUCAUGUCUGAACUGUCUACUGCUUUUGGAAUUUAGCAGCUGUGGGGUGACAUGGAAGUCAUGUGUGGAUUUAGAAAAUACACAUUUUUACAUUCAUGUGGAGGUGGGGUGGUAUUAAACACCUAGGGGUCAGGUAUGGCCUGGGGAAAAUGAGAGGAAAUUAAGAUUGAUUUGAGAACAGAUCCAGUUCCUUGGAUCAAGACAACUUCCUUGAGAGGGGAAAAUUCAGCGAUUUUUAAUUUUAUGGUAGAUACAUAGAGGUCAUAUAUUGGCUUAAAAAGACAUGCUAGCAAACUCUAAGAUGUAUUAGAAAACAUUUUGAUCCCAGGGCCUUAAUCAGUUAUAACCUACAGUAGAAAGAAGUGAUGAAGGUCCCAGGACCAAAACCUUUUCUAAUACACUCCAGUGUUGCUCUAGUGUCUUUUUAAACAAUUUAUAAGUAUCAGUUAUCAAGGUAUAUACCAGGUCAUACAGUGCCAGGAGAAUGGGAGGCAAUCAGGUUUGAUCGAAGAAAAGGGAAGAUAGUUCCAGUUCCUUAGAUCAAGAGCUCUUCCCUAUGAGAGUUGUUAUUUGUCAUUUGUGUAACUUUGCAGUACAAUAUAUCAUAUGUACAGAUUUAUGGAAUUGUGUUGUGAUAAGAACAUUAAUAAAAAACAUCAUUUUA